GGUCACGGUGCGGAAAAUUCGUCGCGGAGUCGGUAGAGUCGGUAGAGUCGAGUUAAUUUCGAGCGUUCGAAUGAGCGUUUGAAAGGCAGCGUGGUGCCAAAUGCGCUGAAAAAUAAUUAUAUGUGUCCAUCGAUCAACCAUUUGUAGUCAUCCGGACUCUCAAUUAAAACUAAAAGAUUAAACAGUGCAGCGAAUAAUCGGUUUUUUGCCAGUGCAGCAAGAUAAGUAAAGCAAAGAAAAUAGAAAGAAACAGAACGAAGAAAACUGUGUAACGGUAUUGAGUAAAGAAAAAGCUGAACAGCUGAAGGCGAAAAGUGUCAAAAAGCAGAGACGAGACGAGACCCACCGAAAUGGCCGGCAUCCGGAGAAAUGUCUUCGCUAUUGGAUUACUUUACCUCCUGAGCGGCGCCCAGGCCCACCUGAACAUCUUCCUGAAUCUGCACGAGGUGCUGCGGCUAAUCGGCGUCUCCGCGGAGCUGUACUAUGUGCGGGAGGGAGCCAUCAACGAUUACGCCCUGAACUUCGCAGUUCCUGUGCCGGCCAAUAUCAGCGACGUGACCUUUACCUGGCAGUCGCUGGUGGAGCACCCGCUGCCGUACAGCAUCAACAUAGCCACUUCGGACACGGACGUGCUGCCCCGCCCACUGCUGAACAUCUCCCGGAUCGGUGACGUGCCGCAGGAGCCGCAGACCUGGGGCAUCGCCCUCAAAUGCUCGGGCACGCGCAACGCCGAGGUCACCGUCACCAUAAACGUGGAGGUGAUCCUCGACAGGACCACCAACAACAACACGAACCUGAUCUUCAAGCGCAAGAAGAUCUGCCUGAAGGAGGAGCAGGACAGCGCCCACGAAGAGUACGACGACGACGACGUGCUGCAGCCGGCCCUGGGCGGCCACGAGGACGUUCAAUAUGUCGACCACAACGAGGAGCACGUGGUGGCUAAUGGGCACUUGGCUCCCAGCGUGGAUCACGACAAGGUGAAGCACCGAAACGUGGUGACCGAGCCGUCACUGAAUGUGGGUCGAGGCAAUGGCAACGGCAAUGGCAAUGCGGGAGGGUCCAAGCGGGACUUCGAUCCCAUGCUGAGGGAGAACCUGGUGCCGCCGGCCAGUGGCCUGGUCACGCUGAUUGUGGGCGGCAUCCUGGCCCUGGUCCUCGUGUCCACCCUCAUUCUGAUCGCUUACUGCGCCAAGGGUCCCUCCAAGCGCCAUCCCUCGAACGGGGUGCACUUGAUCAAGACCUCCAGCUUCCAGCGCCUGCCCACGAUUUCGUCCACGGCCCACAACUCGAUCUAUGUCUGCCCCUCGACCAUAACGCCCACAUACGCGACCCUGACGCGGCCAUUUCGCGAAUAUGAGCAUGAGCCUGAGGAGUUCAACCGCCGUCUCCAGGAGCUGACAGUCCAGAAGUGCCGCGUGCGUCUCUCCUGUCUCGUGCAGGAGGGAAACUUUGGGCGCAUCUAUCGCGGCACUUACAAUGACUGUCAGGAGGUUCUGGUUAAAACUGUGGCGCAACACGCCAGCCAGCUGCAAGUGAAUCUCCUGCUCCAGGAGUCCAUGAUGCUCUACGAGGCCAUCCAUCCGAACGUUCUCUCCGUGCUGGGCAUCUCCAUCGAGGACUACGCCACCCCGUUCGUCCUCUACGCGGCCACGGGCAGUGUCCGCAACCUGAAGACCUUCCUGCAGGACCCCUCCUACGCACGCAGUGUCACCACCAUUCAGACGGUGCUAAUGGCCUCCCAGCUGGCCAUGGCGAUGGAGCACUUGCAUAACCACGGCGUCAUCCACAAGGACAUAGCGGCCAGGAACUGUGUUAUUGACGAUCAGUUGCGCGUGAAGCUAACGGACAGCGCCCUUAGUCGGGACCUGUUUUCCGGGGACUACAACUGCCUGGGCGACGGCGAGUAUCGACCCAUCAAGUGGCUCUCCCUGGAGGCCCUUCAGAAGUCCCACUACAACGAGGGCAGCGAUGUGUGGUCCUUCGGCGUCCUCAUGUGGGAGAUGUGCACGCUGGGCAAGCUGCCCUACGCCGAGAUCGAUCCCUAUGAGAUGGAGCACUAUCUCAAGGAUGGCUAUCGACUAGCUCAGCCCUUUAAUUGUCCCGACGAGCUCUUUACGAUCAUGGCCUAUUGCUGGGCCUCGAUGCCGGCCGAGCGACCCUCGUUCAGCCAACUGCAGAUCUGCCUCUCGGAGUUCCACACCCAGAUUACCAGAUAUGUUUAACCAGCGGUGCUGAAGCAUGCCAAGACCUGUAAAUACAACAAGAGGCGACGUCGCAAGAUAUUCCAGCAGACCACGUCGUCCACUCUGUUCCCAAAGACAUAUUUAAAUGGUAGCGCCUAGAGCGGGGCUCGCAUCUACUCGUAGAAGAUCCCCCGCACGUAUUCUUAUUAUGUGUAUGAAGAUAGUUAUUUAUGCAGAAGGAGUGCAAGAGGUGCCGUCGGGUGCGUUGGGUAACGCAAGCAGAAGAUCUUUGAAAAAGAGGAACUACCGGAACUACCCAACUGCCCGACGAUGCUCUAUGCCCUAUGUAGCACUUAUUGAUAGGCUAGCGUGUAAGGAGACAAGUGACAUUUCAAUGCAAACAUUAUAAGAUACAGAACAUACGAGUACACACACCCCUAAGUCCCCCUGUUAGAGACACUAGCACCUUCGCUCUGUAGGAAGAGCCAAGCCCAGUAGAGAACAGGUAAAAGUUUCAAUGAGAAUCCAAAUGGGUUCUUGCAGAACUUCAACAAAAACUAAAACUAAACAUACGGAUAGUAAGCAUGCAUAGCCCCAGUACUAGGAUAGGAACCAAACCCCAGUAUGCCCAGUAUGCCCAGUAGGCCCAGUAUGUACGGGAAGGAGAGAGAGGAGAGCUCUUGAAGUUGCAGUCAUUAUAAAUACUAGUGGGAUACCAAUAAAAUACCGAAACGAAACGUAUAUCUAUGCAAGUGUAUUAACGUGUACGUACAUGUCUAAGAACCGUAGUGCUAGUAAGACUCUACAUAUUUAUCUAAUGUUAGUGCACAUGCGAUAAAGUCCCCUCCCCUUCUCAGUUAGUUUUUUUGUGUAAUAUACUUAAGCAGUUUGCAUUAGGGCCUAAGUUAUUCCUAUGAUUUGUAUUGCAAGACACAAAGAAAUACCAUUUCAAUAA